UACGCAGGGGGGCGGCCUUCGGGUGGCUGUCCGAGGUUGGGCAGGCAUGUCGGCUGUGACGCUGCUGGCGCCUCUCCUUCGCGGAGGAGGCAGCCUCUUCAGAGGGCUCCGCUCGCGGACGUCUGGAAACGGAGUCCGUCAUGCUGGUGGCGGUGUGCACAUUGAGCCACGGUACAGACAGUUUCCCCAGCUCACCAGAUCCCAGGUGAUCCGGGCUGAGUUCUUCAGUGGAACCAUGUGGUUCUGGAUUCUUUGGCGCUUUUGGCACGACUCAGAUGCUGUGCUGGGUCACUUUCCAUAUCCAGACCCUUCCCAGUGGACGGAUGAAGAAUUAGGGAUCCCUCCUGAUGAUGAAGACUGAAAACGUGGACUCAACUCUGUACAAGCGGAAGCCAGGUGAGAAGUUCAAUAAAUUAUGGACUGCAGUUCAUAUUGGAUAUUGAAGUUGUAAAAUAAAGUGUUUUGGUCGAAAA